UCAGCCAGUCCUCUUGGAGUAUUCCCUUUUCCCUUCCCUCCUCAUAAUUCAAGACACUACCAAACUCUCAAGUCGAAGCAACAUCUAGCUAAGCGAACACCAUGACCAAGCCCAACCGGACCGUCCGCCAAUUCCUCCAGACGCACGCUCCUCGCACAGAAUUCACUUGCAGCGAGGAGGAAAAACAAAAGAAUGCUACAAACAAGCCAUGUCUGUUGAUUGUCUCUUCGACGAGCGGCGGUGGCACGGCCGCUCGAUUGGCCCCCAAAGUCGCCAAACGGUUGGCACAAUCGUUCGACACGGUCAUCCUGGUCCCCACGCUCCACCGAGAACACGCUCGCACCAUUCUAAUGACGGAACCACUGGAGCGCUAUGCCGUGGCGGUCAUUGUGGGUGGCGAUGGUGCUUUUUCCGAAGCUGUCAAUGGCAUGCUAAGUCGACCGGAUGGUGUUACCGUGACAAUGGCCCAUUUUCCCGGUGGCAGUGGCAAUACCACGGCGGGCAAUACACUGGGAUAUUGGAAUGGAAGUCAAAGCCUGGAACAUGCGUGUGAUGUGAUUUGCGCGCUCAAGACACGGCCCAUGGAUGUCCUUCAAGUGGACUGUGACGAUGGCACAACACGCUAUGCCACGUCUACCAUUUCGGGUGGCAUUUACGUGGACAGCCUCAUUUUGGCGGAUCGGUAUUACCGAUGGAUCUCCACCUUUUUGGGCAACCCCGGGUUGCGGUACAUUUUGGGUCUGAUUCAUGGCUACUUUAUGUACGGAGCACGGGAUACAGGCCGGGAAAUGAAAUACACCAUUUACCACAAUAACAACCAAGACGAGGAAAGCUUUCUUAUGCCCAGCUUUGGUUUGGCACUGUACAACUCGGGAUGGGUCUUGGAAGAUGCUCGAUUUGGAUCGUCUACUCCCUUUAGUGGGGACAUGUCUCUAAGCGUCGCCAAGACGUAUCUUGGUUUGGGUCGGCACCUGAUGUAUCAGGGAACGGUCAAGAAGGAAAAUGGCAAGUUGGAUGUCAACAAGAAGUAUCCUCAAUACAAGUCGGUUCAUUUCGAUCGAGCUGUCACAAAGGUCAAGAUUGAACCCAUAGUAGUAUCGGACAGCAGUAGUAUCAAGUCUUGCCAUGGACCAUUCAAGAUUGCGUUGGAUGGUGAGAUGGGAACUGGCAAUCAAGAAUAUAUGACAGGGUCCAUCACGGCGCAAGUACUGCCUGGGAAACUGAAUGUGAUUGUAGCUUAUUAAGCGAAAACAACAGCAACUCAUGUAAUUUCAAGAAUACAAUACAACUAAUCACUGCAGAACCAAAACGGUGGCAAGUAGCCAGGCCAGAUGCGAUUCUGCUCUGCAGUUUUGGGCCCACGCCGCAUGGUUGGCAACAGGCAAACAGCCCAAACCCUGCUCCCAUACAUAAUAUGACCACGCCAACUACAACAGUUUGGGUAUCAUGCAUUCGAUCGAUCCGACUGAUCCCACAAAUACAGCUCACACGUAUACCGGUAGGGCAUGUCUCACAUCUCCUCUCCUCAGAGCCAUUCACUUGGAAGCAUAUUGUUACAUUCAAUGUCAGCCAUCAUUUCGUUCAUUCGUUACCCCGCAUUGACGACACGAAUAAAGCACGAGACAUGGGAUCCCAACAUUUGAGCACAUUUGAUAUCCCCUUCUCCAAAGGGUAUAUGAUUGCCUUGCUCGUCCUUUUUAUUCAUCAUUUGAAUGGCCCCAACAAUCUUGCCGGUAUCGUCCUUUACUGGCACGGCUAGUACGGAUUGGGUCCGAAAGCCCGUCUGUUGAUCGACGUUACGGUCGAACCGUGGAUCUUGGUAGGCAUCGGGGAUGUGAAUGAUUUGUUGCGUGCGCACGCACUCUCCCACAAUGGAUCCUUCCAUCGGCGCUUCAAUUAUGCCAUCGACACCGGACGCUACGCGACUCCAGAGAAUGCUCUUCUUUUUAUCGUCAGAAGAGCUGUCAGAGUCGUCUUGUUGGUCGAUCAUCCACAGUGUUGCUCGUUCUGAAUAAUCAC